AUGGCUGCGUCAUCGGAUGUCCACAAGGAUUGUCCUUUCCCGGAAGUCGCAGAAUCUCUACGGCCAUUCAUCAAGACUCGGCAGGAAGUCGACGAGAUCCGCCGAGCCCAUCAUGCAUCUCUUGCGCUAUCAUCGGUGGAGCUUCUCCAACCCGACGUAGGAGACCGUAUCGAUCCUUCGGGCCUCAACGGAGCUCGCAAGGCCUACUGGAGAGCCCUCCUGGCCCAUCGAGCCGCUCAGUCGAGAUACGAUGCCCUUAAGGCCGAAUUGAGCCAGAUGGUGCACAAUCCGCCCUCUAGCAAUGGGACAAUCGAAGACGAUUCCUCGUUUCUGGCGGAAAACUAUGUGCCCCUGAUGCAACAGCGGGAAAAACAUCGCAAGCUGAAGGUGGUGGAGAGCACCUACUUGAAGAUUACUGCAUCGGGAGACGCUAUCGGAGAAUCCUUGGAUAAGACCAUCAAGCGGAGGAUUGGCGAGUUGCCUGCACCUCCUUCUACUACCUCUCUCUCGGAUCGCGAGCCAGGAUCAAGCACAGAGUACGACUUGACGCAGCUCAAGAGAGCUAUCCUGUCCGCUAAGCAGAGACUGGAAGAUAAUCGCAGGCGGUCCAAAAGCGUCAAUGGCAUCGGUGGCGGUUCAGACUCGCGUUCUGAGCUGAGGGCUCUUCAGAAGACCCACAACGAGCUCACUACCUGGAUGGAAACACAGCUCAGUCUCAUCAGCGAGGUCGAUAGCUCCUCAAAGGAAGGCAGUGAAGAUUCAAAGUCUCUGAAGUCGUUGAGCGAGUCGAGCGGCGCAGUUUCCCAUUCCACUGAAGAUAUCAACAGCCUGUAUGAGCAGUACUUGGAGGCCAGACAAAGGCUUCUAGACACCGUGGCCACUGCACCCGGAAUCGCUCUGGAUUCUGCAAAUUCUCGGGACCACCAGAGACGUGCAUCGGAAGCUCUGGACGCACAACAACGGGCCUCUGGCUCGGAGAUCCUGCUGCCCUACUUGCCAGAUCUCAUCUCUGCAAAACAGCGCGAACAGUCCCUGCUGCAGCAGAGUGCACAUUCUAGACGACAGAUCGCUUCCGCAGAAGCCCACACCAAGGCUGUACUCACCCGGCUUGCUGAUGAGAGUCACCUGGUCCAACCGGAACUAAGUCGUGGGUCACCACGGGGCAGAGAUUGGGCAAAGGCUGCUUCUGAAGCCAGCUCAGCUACCAUCACGGCUGCCUCGCAACGCAUCAAAGCUGGCCAGGCUUCUGCAGAUGCUGCAAGAGACUCCCUCGAGAAGAUUAAAAGCAUGCCGAGUUCGAUGGACAGUACUUUGAAAUGA